AUUCAAUAUAAUAUAUUUGUUGCUUACUAUUAAAUGGAUAGUGCAGACUUGGAAAAAAUUGAAGCUGAUAAACUUGACAAAGAAUCUCUCGUCAUGAUCAAUGGAAAUCCAUGCAAAGUAGUCAAGAUUUCGAAGAUUAGGACUUCAAAAUAUGGACCUGGCAAGACGACUAUUGUUGCCUACAGCAUUUUGGAUGGCAAGAAGGUCGAGCAAUCCUUCAGAACUUCAGGACUCUUAGAUACCCCAAUUAUUAAGAGAGUUGAGUACCCUCUCUUGGGAAUUGAUGAUGGGUACUUGCAACUUCAGGAUGAAGCUGGAGAACAAAAGGACGACGUAAAGUUACCUUUAGGAGAUUGUUUGAAGGAUGUCAAGGAUCAAAUCCUUAAAUUCAACGAGGAAGAAAUCCCUUGUCUCGUCAUGGUCAUGGAAUAUAUGGGAGUUGAAGUAUCUAUCUCUGUCAGGGAAGACAAAGACAGCGAUGAAAAUUAAGCAAUA